CGCCUUUUUCACCACAAGAAGCUCACUACUCCUUGCCAUAUUCUUCAAAAGUCAGCCGCAUAGCUAUAUAAUAUAGCUGAAAAAUAUUGAUUCCAUCACCACUUGAGAAUUGUCUGAUAACAGAAUCCCCCUACUAAAACCAGGCAAUAUUGACUCAUCUUAUUGUAAGAAUUAGUCCAAUUGUAAGAAGGAGAUAUUCGUUCGCUCUAAAGGAUAUUUUCACUUUAACCCCGUAUCAGUUGUCGCUGUCUCUGUAUCCAUAUCUUCUAUAUAUUAGGUGAUAUCGAAUCGAUAACAAUCGAGACAAUUUUUUUUCACUGAGUUGCUUUCAGAUAGGUACCUAGUCCAUUGAUAUCAUCUUAUCAUACAAAUAUCAUUGCCUUCCGUCAUAGAUAUCGUCUAUCAAUUGUUGUUCAAUUUCACUGCUGUGGUUUUUGUUUCACUCACUUAGAAUGAUAGACUACGAAAAGCUCCUCGAAUUCGAAGAAUCGCUUCGUACGCUGUCUCCUCCAGACUCUUCGGUGCUUCUCUACAACCUUGAGCUCAAGAUAGAUUCUCUUCGCUAUGGCGAUGAAGACGAUAAUGAGACCUGUUCAGUGACCGAGUUCACAGAUGCUUCCUUAGACAAACUUUUUGAAGAGUACGACUUCACUAAAGACGAGUUCACCACUUGUUCAAAGUGUGGCCGUACCCUCAUCAACGCCGACUUGCUCCAACUGUGCUGUACUGCUUAUAUCGAAAGAAAACUGAAUAUCAACUCUAAUUUAGAAAGAAGCUAUUGGCUUUCGUUUGUUAAUAGCCCAACUACUACUAUCAAUACUUUACCUAACUAUACUCAGUUCCUUUGUCUCAGACAAGGGAUCCCCAACCAGAUCAGAUCCACGAUCUGGCAGAAACUUUUGCUUCUCAACCAUACUUCGAUUCCUCAGACAACAAAGCUUAUCUUCAGAAACUUUCAACACUCAUACUCUGCAGAGAUUUCUGUCCAGAUCAGCAAAGAUUUGAACAGAACAUUUCCAACUGUAAACUUCUUCCGUAGCCAAGAAGCUAUCGAUGGUCUCUUGACAAUCUUGAACGUUUACGCCAACUACGACGCUGAGUUGGGCUACUGCCAGGGGCUCUUGUUUCUUGUCGGAGUGUUGUACUACCAAUUCAAAGGUGAUGCUGAGAUGACAUUACAUGCACUCAUUACCAUCAUGGAGUCGGAGACCGAAUUGCACGACAUCUUCACUACUUCGUCUAUGUGUAGCACUUUGAACAAGUGGUACGGAGAGUUCUUGUACAUCUUGAAGGAAACCGACGAGAAGCUCUAUGACCAUUUGACGGGCUUUGUAGAACUUCAGUCGUUUCUUUUCCAAUGGUGGUUAUCGUUUAUCUCAUCUCAUUCGCCUGACUUGAGCAUCGUUAACAAGGUCAUGGACUUCUGUAUGCUUGAAGGAUGGAAAGUCGGUCUCUUCAAGAUCUCGCUUGGACUUUUGGUCAGCAACAAGCCCAUCUUGAUGACUCUUGACAAGGGUGACGAAGAAGUUAUCUAUCAGCAUCUCUUGAACGAGUCCAAGUGGGGUAACGUGAUCAACGACUUGGACUUGUUCUUUGGAGAUUUAUUGAUGUCUUGGGAUGACAAGCUUUUUCUCUGUCAAAAACAGAUUGCAUCCGAUGCUGACUCUCCAUCUUUGGAGUCUCAUCCGAUUAUCAACAAGUUUGUGCAAUUAUCGCUUCACAUUGGUUCACUACGUGCCAGAUCUCGUGCCAGAUCUGGUUCGUCAGCUUCGUCAUCUUCUGGUAGAACGAACAGUGGGGCAUCGAACCAAUCGUCGACUUCUGUAUUCUCCCACAAUGCUGCUUCCAAUACAAGAAACACAGAAGUAGAGUCGUUGUAUUCUGAGAUCAGUGAAGCUGGUAGUGAUAAUGCAAAGUCGUUCACAGACACAAAGUCGUUCACAGAUUACUUGAAGUUACCCUUAUUGACUGGCAGAUUGUCGCUGGAUUCGACAUCUGCGCAGAACCAAGAGCUCAAGACUGAGAACGAAACGUUGAAGGCAUUGCUCAAGAGAUCAUAUGGGCAAUUGGAAGACAAUGACGCCAAUAAGGAUCUCAGAGAGCAAAUCUUGGCUGCCAUUGAAGCUUAGAAUCACCAUGAUUAUACGAACAUAAUGAUUAUCAUUAUACUAUUUAUAUUGUAUAUAUACUAUUACAAAAAGGUUAGUUAGGGACUCUGGAAUAUAUUCACUUUGAAAGUGAAAUGGCUGC